GAACAUGAGAGAAAACAACGUCCAGUAAUUGUUUUACAAAUCCAGGAAAAACAAACAUUGAUCCACAUGGUGCCAUAAAAAGUAGAUGAGUAGCUUAAAUUGACAAACAGUAGGUGACGAGUUACAGUGGCAAAUAAGAUGAGAGGAACGAGAGAGCAUAUGGAACGAGGUGAUUGUGCAAUGUGAAAACUGAGCCUGAGGGAGAGUAGGACUGAUCUUAACCACAGCUGAUGGGUUGACCUUUGUUCUUCUCUGGCACGGAAGUCUGAGUGAAUACAUUACCCAGCAGUUUAUAAGUCACCCCCUUAAAUCUCACCAGCGAGGGAGGAGGGAGAGGAGAAGGGAUGAACCUGAAGAAAAGGAGGAAAAAAGGACCAGAAGAACAAACUAAGAAUUUUUAAAGGAACAAAAAGAAUCAGCACAGAGUUAGCUGAAGAUUUUCCAGGAUGAAUACAACAUCAUUGUCCCAAUAAUCUUGGUGAGACUCUGCAGCUGCAGACAUGUGGAUGGAAACCAAAAUGGAAGUGGAGGAGGCCAGUAGGAGUCAUGCCAGCAGGAGUCAUGCCAGCUUGAGUCGGCGUGGUCUAAAGAGUCUAUUGUUGUGCACUGGAGACAUGGAGCAUUUGGAUAAGUACAUCCAAGACAAGUCGUUUGUGCUGCAGCUGGCUGUGUGGGGGCUAAGAGGGGUGACCAGGGUGAUUCUAGCUAACAACCCGCUGAGUGGUGCUCUCAUCCUGGCUGCCCUGUACUGGGCUUCCCCAUGGCAGGGCCUGCUGGGAACCCUGGGUGUACUGGUCUCUACACUAACAGCUGUCGUUAUUGGACAAGACAGAUGUGAUGUGGCAGGAGGCCUUCAUGGAUUUAAUGGCAUGUUGGUGUCUCUGUUGAUGGGAGUGUUCAGCUCAGCUGGAGACUGGUACUGGUUGCUGCUGCUGCCCGUCUGUCUCGGUUCAGCUACAUGUGUGUUCUUGUUCAGUGGUAUCUCCACAUUAUUAGACCGCUGGGACUUACCUGCUGCAGUAUUUCCCUUCAACAUCAUUAUCAUCCUCUACCUCCUCUGUACCGGCCCAAACAACCCCUACUUUCCACAUCACCCAGCUACACCACCAGGAACACUGGAAUCAAAUAUCACAGAUCUCAUUGCAGUGGAGGUGAUGCGUGGCAUCCCUCUUGGUGUUGGUCAGAUCUUUGCUUGUGAAGUCCUUGGGCCUUCGCUUCUCAUCCUUGGAGCUGUUUGUCUUUACUCCCCACUACUGGCUGUCCACGCUCUACUGGGAUCAGCAGUCGGUACAUUAGCAGGUUUGUCCAUGGCAGUGCGUCAUGAGUCUCUGUACUCCGGUCUGUCUGGAUUUAAUGGAGCUCUGGGCUGCAUGUCUGUUGGAGGACUCUUCUUCACCUUCAGCUGGAGGACCCACCUAUUUGCGAUUGCUUGCGCCUUCCUCUCUGCAUAUGCUGACAUCGCCCUGGGCAACUUGAUGGGAACUGUGGGUCUCCCAGCAUGCAGUUGGGCAGCUACUCUAACAGUCACACUUAUGUUGUUGUUGACCGGCAGUUUAGCACCAUACCGGAUUCCUAUUGGACAAGUGAUGGCCCCUGAACAGAACCUGCGCUCUCGCAGCCAAUGGGAAGCUGGAAACACAGAAGAAAGGGCGAGCACAGAUUUGUAGUGUGAGGACACACAUACCCACACACACAGGACUAUCAGUACUUUUAGAAACAAGCGGGAUGGACUGGACCUAGCCUUAAUACAUUUUCAUUUUAUAUUAUAUUCUAACAAACUCUUCCCUUUUUAUCACAUCCUUCCAAAAAAAAAAAAAAAAAAAAAAACUUUAUAAACAAUUUAAGGUCUUUACUUUGUCCAGAAGGUGGCACUAUUUUUUUAAAACUACAUCAAUUUCUAUCAAGUGUGUAUAUUUUUGUAUCCAGAUUUAGCCAUAUUUACUAUAUGUUUUCCAUCAAAGAAACAGACACUUUAAAGGGAAAAAAACAUCUUUAAUAUGCAUGAAAAUCAAUAAGUUAGUUCAAUGAAAUCAUAGUUUUAAAAUGACAGUUUUACUGUUAUCAUAAAAAUUGAUUGCAUUUUACAGUGUGUAUGUUUUUUUUACUUCAUAAUUUUCCUGCAUAGACGUGCUAAGCUGCACUCCACUGGAACUCGUUGUAAACACAGAUUAUACAUGUAUCUACAUGCAGGCAGACAGCAAGAUGAGGAGACCGCUGAUGCUUUUAUGAAGUGGUGGUCAGCUGCUUAUGCCUGGAUUUUGAAGGCAACUUUUAUUAUUAUUGUUAUUAAUUGUGAUUUCAUGAUUGUUGUUUAAAAUUUUCUUAGAUGUAAAAGUUGUGGUUAAGUGUAUUUUCUUUAUUUUUCACAGUGCUUCAUGUUGCCUGUGUAGUUUUCACAUAUACUCAUCUUCCUGUUUUCCAACAAAAACUUGCAUUUGUUUACACACAUUUUUAAAUUUCCACCACAGUAAAGCCAACAAAUACGCCUAAACAUGUUUUUCCUCUACAGAUUUGGUUACAACUGUCUGCAACAAACAAUAACAUUUCUUCCAAAAGAUUUUUCUUAACAUGAUCAUGCAUUCCUACAUCGGUGCUUUGUUUUUAUCAAUGCAAUCCCCAUAUCUGGGAUUGUUUCUUUUCUUUUUUUACAAAGCACCUCUCACAUAAUUUAAAUGACAUUAACAAGAAGGAAUGUACAAAAGUGACUUUCAGUCUGUGAUUGAAUGAUUGUAAUAGUUGAAAAAAAAGAAAAUUAAAAGUAUAAAUAUAAAUACUUGCACAAACAGUAGUUGUGUCUUUUCAAGCUGCAUUAAAUAGAAAUGAACAUUCAUAGUCCUACGUACUUUCAGUUGAAGUGUCAGUUGUGUGUGCUGUUGUGCUUCAUUUUCCAUUAUUGAGUGUGUAAGUGCACAUGUAUGUGUCUGUAUGUAUCAGGGCUUAAAUGGUCAUGUGUUAGAGUUCAGAACAAAUGACACAGCUGAUGUAGUUUGUAUACUUAAUAUACCCUCACUCACACAUAUACCUUAUACAAAGUUCCAACAUCAGUAUACAGUACUACACUCUGGCAAUGUGUAUAAUUUCUGACAACAUGAAAUAAGGGACAAGAGUUUGUUAUAACCAACUGAACCCAGUAUGAACUGGUCCAGUGAUUGUGUGUAUUUGCUUUUUUGUUUUGAUUAGUUUAAGCAUGCAUACCUUUGUGUUUUGUUAUAACCCUAAACCCUAAACUUUACAACGAUAAUGGGUGAGAAAUGUCCAAUAGGAAAUUUUCAUUAAUGUUACCAAGUAACGGCACACAGCUACAAAUAUAUUUGCUUGUGUUCACAUCGAUAUAUAUGUACCCCUACUCUGUAAAAGGUCAGACAAUGUUGUUCUUCAUGCAUGUAAACAUUCAUAUGAACCAAGCAAGUGUAAACAGUGAUGCCGCACCUGGGUCUAGUCUAAUGUUGGCACAAUAUUUGACCAACAGAACUGGCUUAAAAACAAUGAUCAAUAUAAACAGUCUUUAAAAAAAUUAAUAAAAAAUAU